UUUUAUCAACUCUACAUGCAUCUGAUAUAACCCAGACAGUUCAUUGAGGCACGCUAUUCAAUUCUCGCCAUUUUUGAAUACCAAGAUUUUUAAUACAAGUGUUUUAUAGGUUAUGUUAAAGUUCGAUUUUCAAAGCAGCACGUGUAGACGAUAAAUCAGCACUUUUAAUAUAUACAGCACACAUUCCAAGAAGGCAUAUGCCAUAUUUCAUUUACUCAUAUAAUAAAAAAAACACUCUUUUCACAUCAAAAACGUAAACAAUUACUCACUCUCAAUCUAAUAAGACCAAAAAAACCGAAUACAAACAUAUGAUCGAAAACAUAUGACUGGUGUUCAAAUUAUCACAACACUGUUGUAAGAAAGCUAAGUGAAAAAGAAAUUAUAAUAAAAAAGAAUAAUAACAAAAGUGAAAUUGUGCAGGAAAUUCCUCACAAAAAUACGAAAAUACACAACUGGAUUGGAACGUCAUCGAACAGCAGGAGCAUGGAAUUGUCUACCGAUAAGGUAUUUGACUGUGGCAGCGAAUGUGAACGUGAGAAGAAGCACGACAUGAUGUUGAAUUUGAGUUUAAACGACCAAAAAAGCGAGAAUCUCUUUGCGGGCUCCGACCAGACGCCGACACCAACACGCCUGAUACGUAAUUGUGAAGAAGUGGGACUCUUCGAAGAUCUACGUCAUGUCAAUCCCUUCGAGGAGACCUUUCGACGCGCUUGCGAGCAACAUAAUGGACAGACACCGAUACGCCAACUCGAUUCAGUGGAGAUGCACGCCGACGAAGAUUCACUACACACACCGCAAGUGUAUCCACAUCUGGAAGCGAUACAGAGUUGUGAAAUGCUUAGCAAACCGCUGGACAGUCCCACUUCGGCAACGGUUACGCUGGACGUACCCGUCGUGGAUGAGAUACUUAACGCGGCGACGGACACUUACAAAAUCGGUACGUCACGACAGAACUCAAACAAUUCGACCACAUCUUCGGGGGGAUAUGGCAAAAUUUAUAAAUAUCGCACAAUCGCUGAAAAACCAGCACCUGAAGUACAAAGCGAUACACGCAUGCCAUAUAUACAACUACCAACAACAGCGAUACAGUUCAUACAACCACAGUUGAUUACAUUGACGUUCCCCGAGAGCAAUGCAAACAAAACGCUGAGCAAUAAUUUAGAAGUAAAACCAGCGGGUGCCUUAGCGACGAAUGCAAUACCCAUACAGACGGUUAAGCCCUUCAUAAUGCCAAAAUUAGCACCUGCGCCAACAACUGCCAACACAAAGAAAGCAACAACAACAACGCAACUGCCACCGUUGAACACAAAAACUUCCGCCACCACCACAACUGCAACACUUGCCGCUAGCGUUGCAACACAACCCACGUCGACACAACAUGAACCAAGUAGCGCCAGCCUCACACCCACCUCGCAAUUGCCCAUCAAGGAGCGUCUCAAGGCCAUACUAAGUCUUGGCAAUAAAACACACACGGCGACGCCUAUGCCAGUGUCUAAAACCAGUAGUAGCACACGACGUGCGCGCGGUGCGGCAACCGGCGCUUGUAAAUAUGAUGAGGAUUGCAUGGUGCGUCGACGUGCGGCAGCAACGCGUUAUCGCAACAAGAUGCGUAACGAACAUAAAGAUUUGCGGCGACGCAACGGUGAACUGCAAGCGGAAAAUGAUAAGUUGCGUGCGCGCAUCAAACAACUGGAGCAGGAGCUGAGUAAAAGUCAACAACAACAACAGCAGCAGCAAAUAUUGCAGGCAACAAACGGUGGUUUACAAACGGUGCCGGCGCAAGUACAAAUACCACCAUCAACAUUGCAUCUGGUAAUGAAUAUACCAACAAUGGUUGUGCCGUCAGCCGGACAACCAUCACUGGUGCAACCCAUAACAUAUCGUGUGGAGAAGAAAUAAAUGUUUUAAGUUUAUGAAACUGGAAAAUGCCUUACAAGUCUUCCGAAAAUAGUGAAACUAGUUUACAAAUAGAAUUGUAUUAGCACAAAGUGCCUCUGUUAUAAAUAUCUGCUAUUUAGCAAUUAUCUAUAUAUAUUAUAAUAAUUUAUUAAUGAUAUAUUAUAUUAUCAAUUAUUUGAAUUUAUAUAAUUUUUACAUAAAAAUUAUUAAUUAUUAAAAUUGUAAAUUAGUUGACAUGAAAUAAAACUAAAUAUAAAUUAUGAUUAAAUAUUAACUAAGAAUUCUAAAAAAAAACAA